AUGGAAUGCAGUAGAGCCAGAGAGUACAUCAUAAGGGGGUUUGGCUUCGCUCUUCAGAUUUGGGCUUUUGAAGUCUUCCCAGCAUUGGAAGGAUUGCAUUUCACGGUCCAUGAAGACAAUAGGCACAUCCCUCGAAUAUUACAUUGGAGGAGCAACACGGUGGCCCGUUUUCGGGAGGUUAUGAGUCAGGUUUAUGAAAACUUUGAGGUUGAUGUGCAACUUCUCCUCCGGCCGACUGAUAUUGAGAAGCAACAACCUUACUGGAGUUGGGGCGAUGAUGAGAACAAUGAAGAAAUUGUUCAAUUGUUUGGGGAUGAGGGCGAAGACAAAACCAGCACUUCUAGUGAAGAAAAAGAGGCGGAUGUUGAGGAAACAACUACCCUUCCCUCCUCUUCUAAGGGCAAAGGGUCUUUUAAUGACUUUGGCAGGUUGAAGCAUCAAUUAGAAAGCACUAAGGAUGAGUUAGCAAAGCUACGUAGUUCAAAUCGGGGCCUUAGGAACAGAGUUCGUGAAUUGGAAGCUAUUGUAGACAAGAACUGUUUGAAGCAUGAGAAGGAGUGUGACAGAAAUAAAAAGGCUAUUGGGGAUUUGACCCUAACAAUUGCUUCAGUGGAACAUUAUUUUAAAUUGGAGAUGGAGGAGUUAAAAAAUUAUAUGGUGGACAAGGGCAUGAGGAAGUGUGGACUGCUCAGAUGA